AUAACAUUCACGAGAUAAUUUAGUUUGAAAGUGUAUUUGGUGACUGUUGCAUGCUUCAAAAAAUACUCGUAGCAAUUCUAUUCCGGUUUAAAAGAGGACCAAAGGUUUCCAGUUGGAGAAAAUAAUAAUAAGUCGCUAACUGAGAAUUGUUCUCGGUUUUAAAUUUACCAAAAUAUCCUUCCCUAAUCCUGUAAGGUGCAAAUUAAACCUUUAUGAUUUUUAAAUUCCAUCAGAUAUAUUAAAUUAUGUUUACUGAUCGUGAGUUGCGUCGCUCGUCGUACCUAGUGAAUUAAAUUAUGGUCCAUCAAUUUAGUGCUAAAUUACUUUCUCCCCUAUAUCGUCAACAGUUCAUGUACGAGUAGAAUAACCGUAAAUCAUGAUGGAUUCAAUUGAUACUACAGUAUAUUCAAUUGCAUCGACAACAUUUGAAUUACAAAUGUCCUCAACAACAAGUAAUCCUUUUCUGGCGGCAACUUCAGCAAGAACAUCCUCGUCAUUGAAUUCGGAAACAACAAGUUCAAGUAUCGUGUCUACUUCUAGUCAAUUAUCAAAUACUAUUACCGAAGCACUGCUAACAGUGCUGCCCUCUACAACUGAAAAAGUUUUAAGUGUGGGCGAUUUGAGUUCAUCUUUGCAACAUUUCGGAUGGAUGGAUUAUUUUGUUUUUAUGAUGAUGUUGGUUGUUUGUGCCGUUAUUGGUUUUUAUUUUGGGUUUGUGGAGAAAAAGGGUCGAGAACAGAGGAGAGGAUCGGUUGCCUUGGAUUACCUGGUAGGUGGAAGGAAAAUGAAGGUGUUCCCAGUUUCGCUGUCAUUAAUUGCAAGUUUUGUCUCAGGAAUAUCUUUGUUGGGGACAUCAACAGAAAUUUAUGUCUACGGAACACAAUACGCGUUUAUGCUCUUCACCAUUGGAUUUGCUGGCAUAAUUUCAUGGUACAUCUUCUUGCCAGUAUUUAUUAAUUUACAACUGACUUCAACCUACGAGUAUUUUGAGAUGCGCUUUGACAAAAGAAUAAGGUUUUUCGGUUCUACUCUUUUUACCAUUGGAACUAUAGUCUGGCUGCCUAUUGUUAUUUACGUUCCUGCACUUGCGUUCAACCAAGUUACUGGCAUAAAUAUUCAUAUUAUCACACCUAUAGUGUGUGUUGUUUGCAUAUUCUACACGAUGGUGGGUGGAUUAAAAGCUGUCAUCUGGACAGAUGUUAUUCAGACAUUUAUUAUGCUGGGAUCAAUCAUUUUGGUAAUCAUAAAGGGUACAAUUGAUGUAGGUGGCAUUGGAGUGGUUUGGCAAAGAAAUUUCGAUAGUGGUAGAAUUGAAAUUCCAGAAUUGACGCUUGAUCACACCAAACGGUUUUCAAUGUUUUCGGUUUUUAUUGGUGGUUCUUUAUAUUGGACGCAGGUAACUGCUGGCAAUCAGGUUAUUGUACAACGUUUUCUGUCAGUGCCAAGUUUAAAAGAAGCAAAACAUGCCUUGAUAUGUUUUAGUAUUGGUACGUUUCUAUUGUUAGGUUGCUGCGCCUAUAAUGGACUGCUUAUAUUUGCCACUUAUCACGAUUGUGAUCCAUUAAGCACUAAGUUGGCUAAAGCGAAAGAUCAACUUGUACCGCUUUUAGUAAUGGAUAUUCUGAAAUUUAUUCCUGGACUUUCUGGUUUGUUUGUGUCAGGGGUAUUUAGUGCGGCUUUGAGUUCUCUUUCAACUGGACUGAAUUCUUUAUCGGCUGUAUUUCUGGAGGACUUUGUUAAACCUAACGUUAAGAUUCCUUUGACGGAGCGUCAAACAGCUGUUAUUAUGCGACUUGUUGUGCUUUUACUGGGCGUCUUAUGUGUGGCGUUAGUUUUUGUUGUGGAAAAACUAGGAAUGGUUUUACAGCUGUCAAUGACUCUCAGUUCGAUAACAAAUGGACCUUUGUUUGGUCUUUUUAUAAUGGGACUUUGCUUACCAUAUGUGAAUACUAAAAGUGCAUUGACAGGAAGUAUUAUAGCAUUUAUCGUAAUGACAUGGAUUUGUAUUAACGGGCAGUUAGCUUCCAUCAAUGGAGAGUUAGUAUUUCCCACAAAACCAGUGAGCACUGAGGGCUGUACGUAUUUUUUCGAAACAAUCCCAUUUUUAAACAGUACUUUGGCAUCACCAGCUAUGGCACCAACUUUAUUUCAAUCGAUUUAUCACAUGUCAUUCAUAUGGUACGUAACAGUAGGAAUGAUUAUCACAGUGAUAUUUGGAAACAUUGCCACAUUAUUCGUUGGGACCACCGAACCAUCAAAUAUUGAUUUGAAUCUUUAUUCACCAUUCAUAAGUAGAUUAUUGAAACCUGAAAAAUACACUAGUGUAAGCAAAGGAGAAAAUGAAACUGUGAUAUUAGCAUUCGAUGUUAAUGAAAAGCUACCAAACUAGUGUUUGCUGAUAUUUUUGUAAUGGCAUACCUAUAUUAAAAAGUACAGAAUAA